AUGGCCCGCUCGCUGGACCCGUCGUUCAGCGUCAUGGACGCCUUCGAGCGAGAAGCGCUUCUCACGCUGCUGCGGGCGUCGCACGAGAGCGAGCGCACGCUCGCGGCGUACCAGCUGCGGCGCCUCGUGUCCCGCGCCGCGCGGGAGAUGAGCGGCGAGACCUUCGGCCGCUUCGAGGACGAGCUCUACAGCACCCUGUUCCGCAUGGUGCACCACGGCGGCGACGUCGAGGAGCGCCUGGGCGGCGUCGCGGCGAUCGAGGCGCUCGUCGGCGCGCCGAGCGCGGAGCCCGAGACCAAGGGCAUCAAGUUCGCCAACGUGCUGUCGAACGCGCUCAAGCAGUGCUGCGUCGGCGACGGCCGCGGCGGGAGUAGCCAGUUCCUCGGGUCGCCCGAGGGCCAGCGCCAGUUCGUGACGCGGACGGCCGCCGCGCUCGGGAGACUCGCGCGGCGGGGCCCCGCGAGCAGCAGCGACCACGUCGAGUUCGAGGUCGGCCGGGCGCUGGAGUGGCUCCAGCGGCCCGCGGGCGCCGACGGCCAUCUGGGCGGCGCCAAGGCCGCCGCGGACGCGCCCGGCGGCGCGCAGCGGCGGCUCGCCGCGUGUUUGGUGCUCCGCGAGCUCGCGAAGCACGCGCCGACGCUCUUCUACGCGCGCGUGCGCGACUUCUUCGAGCGCGUCUGGCCCGCGCUGAUGGACGCGCGGUCGCCGGACGUCCGCGAGGCCGCGGCCGCGGCGCUCGGCGCGGCUUUGGAGAUCGUCGCGCGGCGGCCGACGGCGCAGCACAGCCACUUCUACUGCGCCAUCUACGCCAAGGCCCACGCGGCCCUGGCCCCCCAC